CUCUGACAGCGUCGCUCACGUAAAAUUACUGCUCGUUGGCUAUAUCACACUACGCGGAUCUUUGCUCACGACACUGAAAUUCGGAUCCGACGCAGACAAUUUGUCGGCUCUUACAAAAUAGGGCUAAAAUCGUGUGGUCUGAUCCGGGCAUUAGACGCAGAACCACAAAUAUGGGCAUAAACAACAUGGCGCCGACUACAAAAUGAUGACACACAAAACUUCAGUGGGCUAUGGCAGAGGAGAAGGGACGUAACUAUGACCUAAGUGGAUGAACAAAAGAGGAGGAGGAACCUGUCAGACCUGAAGAGACCAGCAGAACACCUGUGGGAACAGCGUGAGCUCCAGGAGCAGGCACUGAAGUGUCCUCAAUGGCCUUGCCUCUGGUAUUUCGACUCCAUGAGAAAGCACCAGAGGUGAUUCGGGAAGUGCUGCUGGAGCGGGGCUGGGAGGAGUAUGAUUUGCAGGCACUCUAUUGGCGCACCUCUGCCUUUCGCAACUUUGAAUAUGAGAACCUCUUACCCUGGCAGAGGCUGAACCAUUACCCUAAAACGGCAAGCAUUGCACGCAAGGACUGCCUGGCACGCAACUUGAGAAGAAUGAGGGGUACUUAUGGACCUGCUUUGUACGGUUUCAGCCCCACAGCUUUCAUCCUCCCGAAUGACUACACCAGGUUUCUGGAGGAGUACACCAAGACACGUCUGGAAAACAAGGGAAACACUGGAAAGCCAGGAUACUGGAUUUGUAAACCGGUGGAUCUCUCCCGGGGAAGAGGCAUCUUUGUCUUUGAUGACAUCAAGCACUUGACUUAUGAUUCAUCUGUAAUUGUACAGAAAUAUAUAAGCAACCCUCUUCUAAUUGCCGGUUACAAGUUUGACUUGCGGAUCUAUGUCUGUGUGAAGAGCUUCCGCCCUCUUACCAUAUACAUGCACCAGGAGGGCCUAGUGCGUUUCGCUACGGAGAAAUACAACCUGGCAUCCCUAGACAACCUGUUCUCUCACCUAACAAACACCAGCAUCAACAAAUUUGGCCUUUUCUACAACACAGACAAAGAGCGGGUAGGUCAGGGGUGCAAGUGGACCCUGGGUAAAUUCCGCAGCUUUCUUCAAAAUCAAGGCAUCAAUGAACUUCUCUUCUGGCAAAAAAUCAACAACAUAGUAACACUGACCCUCCUUACAAUCGCCCCAUCCAUUCCUGCCUGCCCUAAUUGCAUGGAACUGUUUGGCUUUGACAUCCUCAUCGAUUCCAACUUUAAGCCAUGGCUUUUAGAGGUCAAUUUCAGCCCGGCACUUUCUCUGGACUGUGCUGCUGAUACAACAGUCAAAAAAGGCAUGAUACAUGACCUCAUUGACUUGAUGAAUUACAGGAAGGUAGACGGUCUGAGACAGAGAAGACAUCUCAGACAGAGACACAUUCGAAGCUGCUGUCUUGGAAACCCAUCUGUGCUUACAAAAAACCCAGCUGAAUUUGUAACACCAAGGUCUGUGCAUGUAAAGAAGAGGCAAAAGGAGAGGCGAAGGCACUGCAGCUUAAACGGUAAAAAUCUUCCGCAGCCAUCAGUGGAGAGAGGCAAUAACGCUGUAGGCUGUGCUCUUAAUCCGACCUGUCAGAAGUCAAAGCCAUUCACUUGCAGGAACAAAAAAUCACGUCCUCUUCUUAAACAAAUAAAAAGCCCCUCUUGCUGGUCCAAAUAUGAAGACGUAGAGUCUGUUGAAGACUCUUCAACUAGGCACUCAACAUCAAAUGCAUGCAGGCUACCACCCAUCCAUGCCCCCAAGUACAAGCCCUCAGUGUUCUCAUGGGACCGGGGAACUCAUGACAGGACCGUACCCCCCCAUCGCGUGGGGGAUUUCAUACUGACGUUUCCUUUCAACGAGGUCACUCACAAAGCCUCACAGGACACCCUGGAUGUAAGGACUGUGUUGCACGAGGUACAUAAGCUCACGAGUCAGCUUACCUUCUCUCAUAUCCACAAAGAGAAGCGGGGGAGAGAGAACAAUGGGUCUAUGAAAAAUAAAUUUACAGCUUUACUCUGGGGUCCUAGAAACCCUCCACCUCUGAAUGAAUGCUUCUCCUCAAACUGAAUAGAUGGGUAUAAAGCCUCCUCGUACUGGGCUGUGGAGGAGAACCUUUGGGAAGAGUUGGAGUGGCAGAAAUAAUUAUCCAUCAUCAUUACCAGAUCUUACUAGGGUUCAUGCCUGUAGCUAGAUGCAAUCCUAUACUUACAACUGGGUUUCAAAAUAUACUGUUUGUAUUGUAUAAUUUAUGUUGAAACAUAAAAUAUUAAAUCUCAAAAAUGUAUAGACCCUUUCACAUAAUAGAUAUUUAUUUGACACACAGAAAAAAAGCAGUAGCAUAUUGUUAAAAAUGCUCUUCAAUGCACAGCACAGUGAUUUUAUUCAGUUUUUGCUGCAUAUCAUUAAUUUACACUCUUCUUAAAGCAUGUGUAAAAAGCAUAUUGUCAAUAUGAUAAGAAAAUGUGUCAUGCUACAAAAAAUGUCAUAUUGCCCAGCUUUAUUCUUCUGAAGUUCUGAAGAAUUGUAAGACGAACAGGUGUCUACAAAUAUUUGGACACAGCGGAGUUCUCUCCAGUAAAACCAGGGCAUUGUAAGGUCAUGAACGUCACAAGUCGUCACACGCAUACUGUAUCACGCUUUUGGUGCACAGAGCCAGCCUCCAUGUCCGUGUCACAGCUUCAUGAAUAAUGAGUUAUUUGCUGCAACAUUAGAGUCUCAUUGAUGCCAGGCUUAGUUAAUUCUGACAUAUGUACAAUUUAUUUAUUGAGUUCAGACUGAGGACAGAGUGUUAUUUUAAGUUCAUGUUCACACUACAUCACAGCAUGACUUAAAGGGCCUGAAGAAUAAAGUCUGAGGUAAACACCCGCCAGCACCUCUAUAUUUUAAUGUUACACACAUUUGAAAUCACAGUUAAUAAAAUGUAUCAUUUAAUUUCA